UUUAUAUCGCUACGUUCCUGAGCACAUAGCGCACAAUUGAUGCGUCGGUGAGGCGGUCGUGUACCUCCGACUGCACUCGAUCAUCUUCGCUGCCCUACCACCAUAAGUGCCCCUCCCAUCGGGGGCGAUUCGGAGUUUCGGAGAUCGCGGUGAUGGUCGUUCAGUCAACGUUCAUAAAUGAUGACGUAAGGUCGCAGCUCGUAGCGAGCUGGCGAUUCGUGGUACGUGGUAACGGCCUGUCAGUGAACCUCGGACGGAGAUGGGGACGCAAAAGCCCGGGGAAUGGGCGAAUUUAGUGAUCACGCGUUUCGAGGAUCAGCUGCCAUGUCGUUUCGGUCCCGAAAAUCCCCAUUCUCGGAUGAACGAAAAGAGGAGCAAGAAAUGUCUAAUAGAGAUCUCUCGGUACCGUUUCUCCCUCGUUAUAUCUGGUCUUACGAAGAUGCUGCAGCGAGUCAACGAGCUGACACCGAGCACGAGCAGUCAGCGGCCGUUCCAAUCCAAAGAUCAAGAUCGGCAGGAGUCCAUCAUUAUCGUUCUGGACACGCUGGAGAAGUGCCUGGCAAAUACACCAAAGGACACAACGAAAUUCGAGGAGGCGAUGAAUGUGAAACUGUUGCUUCGGGAGAUAUGCCAGUUCAUUGGUAUGCCCUACGAUAGUCCACAGACGAAAAUGAUCAGGGAUUUAGCGAGCAAAGUACUGUUCGCUUUAAGCUUGAAUUUCUUCAACGCGGUCUUUAACCGGAUAUCUGCCAGGCUUCAAGAACUGCCCAAUAGCGGGGACGAGAAUUCAGAUUGUAGUGACAUUGAGUUGAUGCAGUAUAUCAAUUUCGAUGUCCACAGAUUGACCAGACUACUGAACGAAAUUAUACAGAAAGUCCGGCAACUAACUGGUAAGAAGUCAGCGUAUCUCGUGAUUAUGAAUCCCUUGGAGAAAGCUAUCUGGAAUUGGAUGGACACGUAUCCGCAAGAGUUCGCCGAUAUGCAGAAGCAGCCUAACGAGGAUCUUAGUAAGGCGUGUGAGGAGUUAUUCGAUAUUCUCGACACGUUCGUCGCCGAGAAGAAGAGUCGCGCGGCCUCUGUUUGGCCGUUGCAGGUGAUGUUGUUAAUACUCUCGCCCAAGGUGUUGGAGAUCGUGAACGCCGACACUGGGCCACCCGAUUCUCCACGGUAUUCGAAAAAGAAGCAGUUCGUCGACAGCGUGAAGCGUAGUUUAAGAAUGCACGGUAGCUCUUCUAGUCGCCAAUUGUCUGAGGCCGCGGCUGUUACAUGCGUCAAUCUCAUCAAAGCAGCCACGUAUGUCAGCAACGAUUCUAUCACUAACGUCGUCCUAAUCCUGGCGCAGCAACUGAUGGACGAUUUAAUGACCCUUCUCUUCAACCCCUCGAAACCAUUUUCACGCGGACAGAAUUAUAGCGCGCAGGACAUCGAUUUGAUGAUCGAUUGCUACAUUAGCUCCUUUCGUAUCGAUCCAGUCAACAACGAAGCUUUUUUUAAAUUUUGUCUGAAUGUCAACUACCCAUCAACAUACCAGUUCGUCCUAGUCAGCUCAUUAUACAAAAUUUUCACACAGCCGAGAUUACCGUGGUGGCCGGAGACCAGUCUUGUAUAUUCAUACGGCACAGACCUCAGGAAUAUGUUUACUGAUACCCUGAACAAAAUGACGCAGAACUGUAGUAAUACGCCGUUGCGCAUGAUUCACAAUUUUUCUCUCAAGUCUAAAGAGGAGAUGGCCAAUUCCAAAAACUUAUUGCUGGUGUUGGUCCGACUCAUUCACGUGGAUCCUAUGUUAAUGUUGCAUAGUUACGGCACAGCUGGUCACGAAAUACAAAGGUCCACUUUAGAGCUGAUUAAUGGACUUGUCUCAUUAGUCCAUCAGCCCACAAUGCCAGAUAUCGCCCAUGAAGCGAUGGAGGCUUUGUUAGUACUACACCAUCCAGAUAAAGUCAAAGCGUGGAAUCCAGAAGCGCCGCUUGACACUUUCUGGGACGCCAGUUCUCAAGUCGUCUUCUCAAUCUCUCAGAAAUUGAUUCAACAUCAAAUUUUCAAUUACACAACUAUACUUAAAUGGCUUCGCGAGAUACUGAGUUGCAGGAAAGACAGCCACAUUGUGACUAGUAAACAAGCACAUGUUAAACUUGAGGUCGUGUGUUUGAUGUAUUUAUGGAGUAUAGACAUGGAGGCUGUUUUGGUAUCCAUGUCUUGUUUUGCACUAUUAUGCGAAGAAGCUGAAAUUCUUUGCGGCAGCGAUGGAGUAGCAGUGACCUGUUUGCUUCCCAAUUAUCAGCUGUAUUUAGAAUUGGCGCAAGCUUCGACCGUAUUGAUCUCUGCCCACGGGGAGACUAGACUAUAUUAUCAGGAAUAUAAUUACGGGCGUGUCACAUUACAAAAGAAAAUAUUAUCUUUAUUGAGAAAGAUAGAACAUUGCGUAAAUGGUAUACAACCAGCUUGGGAAGAAACAUUUAGAAAUUGGGAAGCGACUUCACGGCAGUUGUCCAAUUAUCCUAAAAGCAAAACUGAGGAUGUACAGGUAGAGCCGUUUUGUCGCGGCAAUGUAAAACGGAGAGCGGCGCACCAAAAUUCAGAGCACGAAAUGGAAGAACAAAUUAACGAGUGGGCUAACAUGACAGGGUUUCUUUGCUCUUUGGGUGGAGUAUGUCUACAACGUCGUUCACCUAAUAGACCACCAUAUGGUGUAUUCCCUUUUAAUCCCGAGCAUAAAAAGGGCUUGAUAAAACAACAGGAUUCUGUCUCGGGUUUAUCAAAUUCUAAUCAAGAAGCACAAUGUUGUCCAGUGACACAAUUCAUAUUCAACUUGCUACGAUUAUUAAUUUGUAACAAUGAGAAACUUGGCAAUCAAAUACAGAAACAUGUAAAGGAAUUGGUCGCACACGAGAUGAGUCCUGCUCUAUAUCCAAUAUUAUUCGAUCAGAUAAAAAAUUUUGUCGAGAAAUUCUUCGACCCACAUGGUCAUGUAGUGGUUUCAGAUUUAAACACACAAUUUAUUGAACAUACUAUAUUUAUAAUGAAAAAUAUUCUGGAUUCAACGACGGAUCAACCAUCGGAAUAUCUUGGAAUGACUAGCAUCGAAGGCAUGAUGUUGGCAAUCGUUAGAUACGUCAGGCACUUGGACAAGACGGUGCAUUCGAUUUUAAUUAAAACCAAAUUAUGCCAGCUCGUUGAAGCUAUGAUGAAGAGGCGGGACGAUCUUGCAUUUAGACAGGAAUUGAAAUUUCGUAACAAACUAGUUGAAUAUUUAACUGAGUGGGUAAUGUGUACACAUCCUCAUUCUUCAACAACUGCCAACGAUAUCCUAACUUAUGCCACAGAUUUGGAUCAAGCUAGCAUGGAAGCAGUAGGAGCAUUAUUACGUGGACUUCCUCUACAGCCUGAAGAUUCUGAUCGUGUUGAAUUGAUGGAAGCAAAAUCUGAACUGUUUUCGAAAUAUUUUACGCUCUUUAUGAAAUUAAUGAACUACUGCAACGGUCCAUCAUCAACAUCAGAGGACAAAGAUGUUGUGCCUCGGCCUACUUUAACGACUAACAAAGUAGCCAUUUUGCGCAACACUGCUAUUCAAGCUAUGAGUAAUCUUCUUAGUGCGAAUAUAGACAGUGGCUUGAGACACUCCAUACAUUUGGGCUACAACACAGAUCUGCAGACGCGAGCUGCAUUUAUGGAAGUGUUGACUAAAAUUCUUCAGCAGGGCACGGAAUUUGAUACUCUCGCCGAAACUGUCCUAGCGGAUAGAUACGAACAAUUAGUUCAACUUGUUACAAUGAUCAGUGAUAAAGGCGAAUUACCUAUCGCCAUGGCACUGGCUAAUGUAGUGACGACGAAUCAAAUGGAUGAGUUGGCGCGUGUCUUCGUGACACUGUUUGACGCAAAACAUUUGUUAUCACCAUUAUUAUGGAAUAUGCUCUACCGAGAAGUCGAGCUAACUGAUUGUAUACAGACUCUUUUUCGCGGUAAUACUCUGGGAAGUAAGAUCAUGUCCUUCUGCUUUAAAAUUUAUGGCACCAGCUACUUGCAAGGCUUACUCGAGCCUCUCAUUAUACCUUUACUGGACAACUCAACAAUUAGUUUUGAAGUAGAUAGCGCAAGGAUUGACUCUAACGAAAAUAUUGAACAAAACGGUGAAAACUUAACCAUGUUGACACAAAAAGUGUUCAAUGCUAUCGUAUCAUCGGCAGAUACGUUUCCUCCGCAGUUACGCUCUAUGUGUCACUGCCUGUAUCAAGUAUUAUGCAAGAGAUUUCCGCAAUCUCCGCAAAGUAACAUUGUAGCCGUAGGAACGGUGAUAUUUCUGCGUUUCAUUAAUCCUGCAAUCGUCUCACCCCAAGAGUCUGGUAUCAUAAAUAAACCAGUGCCACAUGACAUUAAACGAGGCCUUAUGCUUAUGUCAAAGAUAUUGCAGAACAUUGCAAAUCAUGUAGAGUUUAGCAAGGAGCAACAUAUGUUGCCUUUUAACAAUUUCUUGAGAACGCACUUUGAGAUCGGUCGACGAUUCAUCAUACAGAUAGCAUCGGAUUGCGAGACAAUUGAUCAAACCAGUCAUCCUAUGUCAUUUGUUUCGGAUGCCAAUGUAUUGGCUUUGCAUAGAUUGUUGUGGAAUCAUCAAGAAAAAAUUGGAGAUUAUCUUAGUAGUAGUAGAGAUCAUAAAGCUGUCGGAAGGAGACCAUUUGACAAAAUGGCUACGUUAUUAGCGUAUCUUGGGCCACCCGAGCAUAAACCGGUGGAUUCCCACUCGCUUUUUUCUACUACUUACGUUCGUAUGUCACGAUGGGCGAAUAAAGACAUGUCUUCGACUAAUUUUGAAGAGAUCAUGAUGAAAUAUAAUAUGCACGAGAGAGAAGAAUUUAAAAGUAUCCAAAGCAUGAAUAUUUUUUAUCAAGCAGGCACCAGUAAACAAGGCUAUCCAGUAUUUUACUACAUUUCACGACGAUUCAAACUUGGCGAAACGAAUGGCGAUCUACUGAUAUAUCACGUCAUUCUAACUUUAAAACCCUUUUAUCAUUCUCCAUAUGAUGUAGUCGUCGAUCUUACUCACACGUGUUCAGAUAAUCGGUUUCGGACAGAAUUUUUGCAAAAAUGGUUUUACGUUCUACCUACGGCAGCUUAUGAAAAUCUUCACGCGGUAUACAUUUAUAAUUGUAAUAACUGGGUACGUGAAUACACAAAGUAUCAUGAUAGUAUCCUGGCACCAUUGAAAGGUAAUCGAAAAAUUGCCUUCAUCGAUGGCCAAGGAAAAUUAAACGACGUGAUCGAUGUCGAGCAACAAAAAUUACCUGGAGCAACAUUAUCUCUGGAUGAAGACUUGAAAGUCUUCACCGGCGUCUUGAAACUAUCUCAUAAAGAAAUGAGGGUGUCCGUGAAGAUCGGACCAACGACACUACAGAUAACGCAUAUAGAUAGAUCUAAAGUGUUAUCACAAUCCAUUCUCUUAAAUGAUGUCUAUUAUGCGUCCGAGAUAGAAGAAGUUUGCUUAGUGGAUGACAAUUCAUUUGUGCUAAGCAUUUCCAACGAAGCAGGACCUCUGACUUUCGCCCACAAUGAUUGCAACAGCAUCGUGCAGAAUAUAGCUCACAUUAGGAGUCGCUGGACUCUAUCGCAUCCGAACUCCUUGUCCGUUCACUCGAAAAUCAGGCCUAAAGAUGUACCCGGUACUCUACUGAACAUGGCUUUACUGAAUCUCGGUAGUCCUGAUCCCAAUCUUCGGACUGCCGCGUACAAUCACCUAUGCGCGCUCACAGCAACGUUUGGCUUGAAAAUAGAGGGUCAAUUGUUGGAGACGUCCGGUAUCUGCAUACCAUCAAAUAACACCAUAUUUAUCAAGCACUUGAGUGAGACCUUGGCAGCGAACGAUCCACAUCUCACGCUCGAGUUUCUCAAAGAAUGCAUGCAAGGCUUCAGGGAAUCGACCAUUGAACUGAAACAUUUAUGCUUGGAAUAUAUGACGCCGUGGCUCAGCAACCUCGUGCGAUUUUACAAACCUCACGACGAAGGCAAGCGGCAGAAACAAGUUACAGAGAUCCUGGACGAUUUGAUUACGUUAACCGUUCAGGAAAUUGAAAUGUAUCCGAGUAUACAGGCCAAGAUCUGGAGCACAAUCGGCAUGUUGCCGGAACUGAUAGACGUUGUUCUCGAUAUUUUUCUUCAACGUAGCGCACGAUACGGCUUAGGUUCGCCGAUGGCCGAGAUUAUGGCGGAUACUGCUGUUGCUCUGGCAUCCGGUAACGUAGAACUGGUCGCCAAGAAACUGAUUAACAAGGUAUGUCGAAUAGUGGACAAAACGUGCAUGUCGCCGACGACACAGUUAGAGCAGCAUAUAAUGUGGAGCGACAUAGCGAUCCUGGCGAGAUAUCUUUUGAUGUUAUCCUUUAACAACUGUCUGGAUGUAGGGAAACUCGUAUGUUCUGGUAGUUUGACUAUGCGAGCUUCCACUCAUGGUUUAGUGAUCAACAGUAUUCAUUCAUUAUGCACAUGCAGUUCGCCUGCGUUUUCCGAAGAUACACAUAGGAUACUACGGAUGAGCCUAGACGAGUUCUCAUUGCCAAAGUUUUACCUGUUGUUCGGUAUCAGCAAAGUGAAAUCUGCUGCUGGCACAGCCUUCUACAAACAUCCAAACUCCAGCAAUAAACCCGUGAAUGAAAAGUGGCUCAGUAGCGAUCAAAGAAGCGCGUAUGGAACGCAGGACAAGGAGAGACUUUAUUUAACUAGUUUGGAAGUCAUAAUUAUAGAGGCUUGCAUGCGGGAUAUUCCGAAAUGCGAUUGGUUAAAAACGUGGACUUUGUUAGCGAAGAACUUCGCUUUCUGCUUAAAUCCGGCUUUGCAGCCGAGAGCGCUCAUCGUCUUUGGUUGUAUCAGCAAAAGUAUAACUGAUCAAGAUAUGAAACAAUUGCUGAAGAUACUGAUGAAGGCGCUCGAAAGUUUUAACGAUAUUAAUCUCAUAGAGGCUAUUGUUAUGUGCUUAACACGAUUGCAACCUCUUCUGAGACCUGAAUCUCCAAUACAUAGGUAUUUAUUCUGGGUUGCCACAUCCGUUUUAGAGUUAGACGAAACGUCGUUAUACGCAUCCGGUCUAGCCCUUCUAGAGCAAAAUUUGCAUACACUUGAUUCGCAGGGCACUUUCGACGAGAAGACACUAGAACACGUAAUGAUGUCAACGCGUGAACCUUUGGAAUGUCAAUUUAAACAAUUGGAUCACACCGUGGGCCUGUCCUUUAAGUCUAACUUUCAUUUCGCGCUGGUUGGUCAUCUCCUGAAAGGCUACAGGCAUCCUACGCCAACUACAGUCACCAGGACGGUCAGAGUAUUGACCAUGUUACUGGCAAUCAUAGCUAAACCCUCUAAAAGGGAUAAGUUUGAAGUAACGCCUGAAAGCGUUCCUUAUUUAACCGCGUUAGUGGCUGUGUCAGAAGAGGUUCGUAGCAGGUGUCACAUCCGACAUUCGCUUGACAAAAGCUUGCACGAUUCAUCAGGCAGUUCAGAUGUUCUUGACACUCUACCGUCGCGCAAUACGGAAAUGCCUGGAGCUUCUAAUCCUACAAGUAGAAGACAGAAAACUUGGGAUUUACUGGAUCAAUCAGCACUUACUCAAGCAAAACAACAAAAACAAUCUGCACAGACUGGCCGGCUUUUAUUUAAAUCGCAGCGAUCCUUGAGUGUGCCGAGCGCAAAGGACGAUAAGUCAACGGACAACACAGAACAACAGAGAGAUCGGAGUACGAGAGUGAGUUUAAGCAACGAAAAUAACGUUUUGCUCGAUCCGGAAGUGUUAACAGAUUUUACAACACAGACUUUGGUGCUAACUAUGCUGGCCACGCUAGUAAAGUAUUCCACUAGCGAAAACGAAACGCGGAUUCUUUAUGAGUAUUUAGCGGAAGCAACUAUAGUUUUCCCGAAAGUUUUCCCAUACGUACAUAACUUGCUUGAUGCGAAAAUCAACAGUGUAUUGUCUUCUUGUCAAGAUCAAGUAAUAUUAAAUGCAGUACAAACGAUUAUUCAAAACAUGAUAGCUUGUGAAGACUCAAAUCAACAUCAUUUGCAACAUUAUUUGCAAAAUUGCGGAUUUCGGGGUCUUUGGAGAUUCGCAGGCCUUUAUACGAAUUCUAAUUGUACGCCUGAGAAUGCUGAGUUGUUUGUUAAUUGCCUGAAAGCAAUGGUGGAAAUAUUGGAAAAGUAUUUGAUACAAGAAUCGAAUAGUAAAGAGGAAGUUAUCAGGAAGAGUAAACGGGCCAAUAAUUAUCAAACAGAUUUUACAUCAAAAACAAAAUCAUCUCCUGUCCAAGAACAAACUCGUGUAUCAACAGAAAUUGACGUUCAUGCAGAUCGUAAUACGGAUAACAAGCGAGACGAUUCAAUUGAUAUACGUCGAGCUGAAGAUACGGGUGGCGAUGAUGGUGGCGGCCAUUCACGUUCUUAGCAAUUAAUUUAUGAUACUGACAGACAAUGUGAUAAAAGUGUGCAUAAAAAGCAAAAUAAUCGAAAGUUGCAACGGCAGAUGAGGUGUGCGAACUCUAAAUAAUCGCAUUGUAAAUAUAGAACUUCGCACACAUUUAUCCCCUAUUUCUGCUGCAACGUGUCAGUUUAGUACAAUGCCGUCC